AUGAACGGCCUUGGUCAGUUUAUCGUUCUCUCGGACAUGCUCGAGCAAACCCCCGUUACAGUCACCCAGGAGGCUUCGCACAAGGCAGCACCGUGUGCAGGUGGUUCGCUGCAUAAAGCUUCUGCGGGCGCGGGCGCGGGCGCGGGUGGGGGAGCGGGAGCUGCUGCUGCUACUUCUGCUUCCCAUGGUCACGGUAAAGGGCGAGGGAAGGGGAGCAAGGGAGGAGGUGGCGGGAAAAGGAAAGGUAAGCCCAGCGGUCGUGUCGGAGCGGAGGACGGUUCAAAAACAGCAAGACACUCGGAGGAGCAACUGGUGGAGGUAGUACCCAGACGGCAGGACCUAGGACUACCUCCUAGGACUGACGAUCAGGCUACGCCUUGCACACCCAGGACUGACGGUUUUGACGGCUUUCCUGUGGACAAGGCCGGUACGCCGCCGCAGCUCGUUGGGAAGCCUAGGGAGCUGUCAGCGGGUCCUCCUCUGCCCGCCAUCUGCUUCAAGCGGUGUGAAGGCAUGUGGACGCGGCUGGGGCGGCAGCAGUGGGCGGCUGGGCGAAUCGAAUCUGCCAUCAGCCGCCUGGAGAUCCACCUGUGGCGCGCCUGGGACCGCGCCAGGUGCCUUGGAGCUGUAGUAGCAGCGCCCACAGCAGGGGUGGGGGGGGAAGGCGGGGAAGGAAGGGGGGAUGGAAGGGUAGCUCAGGUGGGAGUGGGGGUUCAUGACAAAACAGGCACCACUGCUGCUGUUGCAGGUGGCGGCAGUAGUGGCAGCAGUGGUGGUAUUGGGGUUGAGAGCAGAGUAGCGGAGUGCCCGGCGCUGUCUAGAGUGGAGAGGGUGGAGCGGUGGUGGAGGGAGAAGCAGGGCUCUGGUGGCGCGGAAGCAAAGGCGCUUCAGGGCGCCGUGUGCCUUGCAGCUAAGGCCGAGGCCCUGUCAACUGUGAGGCAAGCAGAGGCAGCGCGGGCACACUUCUCCCAGCACCACCUCAUCCGCAUCAUCCACCGCAACAGAGCCUCCCUGCACCCCUCGUUGCUUACCGCCCGCCACUCCGUCUCCCGCCACCUCUGCUCCGCCCCUGACUGCAGCAGCAGCAGCAGCAGCAGCAGCAUCGUCGGUCCUCUCAUUGACAGCAGCAGCAUCAGCCCUGCUAGUGGCGCCAACUUGUGCUCUGCAAGCGGCAUCAGCAGCAGCAGCAUUGCUCCUGCUAAUGGCGCCCUCACUGUCCCGCGUGCACUCCUUCUGGAUGGGCUGUUUCUGAAUCCCUGCUCCCAGUGCGGUCCGCCCAUUGCCUUCUCUGCCCACUCCUGGGACCGCCUCGGCCGCUCCCCUGUUGGACCCUGGGUCGCCGGCCUCCUUGCCCUCAUGGACCUCGCUCCGCUCCUUGCUGCUGCAUCUGGUGGCGCUGCCACUGGUGGUGGGAAGAGGAAUGGUGCUGCCGCUGGUGCUGGUGCUGGUGCUGGUGCUGGUGCUGGUGCUGGUGCUGGUGCUGGUGCUGGUGCUGGUGAUGUGCCCACAUGGUGUGAAUCAGAGAAGCUGCUGCAAUCGUGCUGGGGUGCUUCUGCCUCUGCUGCUGCUGCUGCUGCUGCUGCUGCCACCUCUCCUUCCUCGGUUCCUUCUCAGACCCCUUGCAUACUCCCUCACACCCUCCUAUCCCCGCUGACCGAAGCCUCUUCCAUGCUAAGCAGGACACGGAUGCGGAUUGCGUCCGCUGUUGAUGCUUCCCUGCGGACAGCCCUUCAGCUGGAGCUGCUGCAGGGGGAAAGGGAGAGCAAGGGGAGGGUGGGAGGGGAGGGGAAGGGACAGGGGGACGGUGGGAGCAGCAGCUGCAGUGGUGGGCAGAGCAAGGGGCGGAAGCGGAAGAAGAAGAAAGGGAAGGGGAAGGAUGGCGGGACAGGGGAUGCUGCCGCUGCUGCUAAGGAUGAGGCUGCUGAAGAGGAGAGUGUAGAUGGCAUGGGUUGCAGAGAAGAGGGUGGAGUGGAGGGUGGAGUGGAGGGUGGAGUGGAGGGUGGAAUGGAGGGUGGAGAGGCAGUUGCAUGCACUGGCAAUUUGCUUACAGUGGUGCAACAGCAGGGUAGCGAAGCUGUGAGUGCGCUUCCUGCCUCUGAUGUUCUGCCUGGAUCACUGGAAGGUGGUGGUGGUGGUGGUGGUGGUGGUGGUGGUGUCGGCGGUAGUGUUUUUGAUGGUGGUGAUGGUGGUGAGUGGCGUCUGGUGUGCAAGAAAGGAGCAGCAGGGGGUGGCGGCAGCAGCAGCGCCAGUGGUGGUGGCGCGGGUGGUGGUGGUGGUGCUGGGAAUUGUAUUCAAAAGCAACAGCAAAGGCAAGGGAAACGGAUAGGAGGAGCCAGAGGUGGAAAGGAGGCCACGCCCACAGACCCCUCCCAGGCCCUCCCCUUCCUCUCGCCUCUCAUGCGCCGCUCCCGGAGAGAAGCAGCGCAAAACAUCCCCCCCCUCUCCUCCUCUCCACCUCCCACAUCUUCCUCCUCCAGUCCCACGUCUACCUCCCCUGAAUCCCCCUCCCCUGCACCUCCCUCCCCUCAGUCACUCCACUCAGGCUCUAUCACCCCUGCCAGCAUGGGGAUAGAGCCUCCUUGCAUGCACUCACAGUUAGUGCCUUCACCAGGUGCCCCUCCUGCUAGGACAAACGGGCCUGCAAUUGGCCCCAGCAGCGAUUCAAAUGCUGGCAGGCAGGCACAGUUCGUGCCUUCACCAGAUGCCCCUCCGUUCUUCCCAGCAGAGUCACCAGAUUCGGUCUCAGUGCAACCACAACCCCAUCCGCCACAGCAGCAGCAGCAGCAGCAGGAGCAGCCCCGCCAGGAGCCUCCCUCUCAGCAUCAGUUUCCCCCCAUGCGACUCCCCUUCUCCCCCCAACACGCCACCCGCCUCUCCCCACACCACGAGUGGCCCGGCUUUCAUCCCCCUUGGCCUCGCUCUCUCCUGCCCUCUUCCCCUGCUGCCUCUCGCCCCGCCUCGUCCCUGCCCUCCAAAGCAGGCUUACUAGGCCCUUGCCCCCCUCACUUGCACCCCCUUGAUCUACACUUCCCUCACUUCCACCCCUCUCACUUCCAUCCCCUCCCACCUGACCUGCAUCCCCUGCACCCCGUGCUCCCCUCCUCUAUCUCCACCUGGGCUGCAGAGCCUGCCUGGUCGCGCCCCUAUUACUACGACUGCCUCUCAAACACUGCCUUUGAGGCAGCCCCAGCUCCAGCUCCUAUACCACCACACGGCCCACACCCACCAUACUCCUCCUAUGAAUGCGGCUCAGACACUGUCUCGGUCGAUGAGCCGUUUCAGGCGUUUCACGCGCGCUACCCUGGUGUGUUGGGCCCGCCUAGGGAGCUCCUCCACGUGCCAGAGCCCCCUCUCUCCUACCCCGCUCCCUCUCACGCCGCACUCCCCCACCAUGUCUCUGCUUUUGAGUCGACUCAAAAGCAGACUCACACCGCACUCUCCCACCACCAUGUCUCUGGCUGGCACUCAGGCCAUCUCGCCCACAACCCUCACCCCGCCCAUCAUCCCCAUCUGCCUUAUUUUCCCAACCUUCCCCACCUGCCUCACCUACCCCAGACUGCCAGUUGCGCCUCGUCAAGCCCUACCCAGGACCAGCCACACGUGCACCAUCCCUCCCAGUCCUCUGCUGGUGCCCCCCUCGCCGUCGCCUCCCGUGCUCCCCCUCACAGCCUGCCUGAGCCAGUGGUUGUGGCGCCGCCUGUGGUCCCUGAGGCCGUUCCCAGGGAUGGGGAGGAGCGGGAGGAUGGGAGCUUGUUGGGAAGGGAGGAGGAUGCGGAUCUUGCAGUGGGGAUUGUCGAGGGAAGGGGGGUGGGGCUGGCAUCGGGUGGACAAGCAGGGCCAGCAGGGAUGGGAACGGAGACAAGAGGGGCGAAUGGCACAGGUAGGGGAGGAGUGGAGGGAGAGGGAGCAGCUGAUGUUGGCGAGAGGGAGAGGGGGGAAGCUGGUGGUGGUAGUGCUGCUGCUGCUGCUGCUGCUGCUGCUGCUGCUGCUGCUGCUGCUGCUGCUGCUGCUGCUGCUGCUGCUCCGGGCCACCACCAUCCGCAGUUGCGCAUCACUGGCGACGGGGAGUUUGAAUUCCAGGGCCAGGCUCCUCCUGCUGACAACGCUUCUGCUAAUAACGAGGAUAACUCCUCCGAAACGGCAGUGCAAGCCCCUAGCACGCCCUUAUCAACACCCUCCAGACGCACCUCCUGCUGGGCUAGAAGCAGCAGGGCCAGCCAGGAUGGGACGGAGGGCAACGAUGGGGAUGGGGAUGGGGAGGGGGCAGCAGGCGAGGGCACUGAGGAAGGGGAGUCAGAGGACUGGUCUUUGGAGAAUUUCACAGAUGAUUCGUUAUUAGCAGGGGAGAAUUACCAGAUGUUGGAGGAAGAUUUUGCCGAGUUUGUGGGCGGUGCGGGCGACAGGGGGUACUUCUCUGAGGACGAGAGCGUUCCGCUGGUAGCCCAGCGAAGAGGGGUGUUUUACCCUCGAAAUUACCGGUCGGGGAGGGGCAUGUACGGAAAAGAGGCCAUGCAUGGAGCCAUGGGGCCAGCGGGAAUGGGGUGGGGCGGGGGGGCUGGAAUAGGGGCGAUACAAGGCCCGUCGGGACACAGAAUCCCAGGGAUGGGGGCAGGUAUGCUUGGGGGAGGAGCACCUGAGGGAGGUAUUCUUGGGGGUAGAGGUCCUGGUGGCAGCAGCUGCGGGGCUGAAGGUACACGUGAAGAGACGCGAUUCUCUUAUGAUGAUAACGAUGUGGACUAUAGGAAUGUGUUUGGCGGAGGGGUGUUCUACUGGAACAUGGCGGAUUACCGCGGGGCCAGUGCGAGCGGCGGCGCGUCCCGCACUGGGUCGUCUCUAGGGUCGGAGGACAGCUCGUGGUUGAGACGAGAGGCGGAUGUGCGGUUGAUUGUGGAUGAUAUAGUUCUAGGGUUCCCGAUAUCAGGGUCGAUUUCGGGUUCGAUUUCGGGGUCGUAUCCGCCAGUUAUGGGGCUGUCUACUGCUGCGUCGACUGAUCGGUCGAGUAUUCCGUCGCCCAGCUCCACUGCCUCUGGCCCGUUUGAUAUGCGCCACGCUUCUCUCUCCGCUGCUGCCGGUGCUGGGAUUUUGGCUGGUGGUGGUGGUGCUGCUGCUGCAGCGGCGGCGGUCUCAGGAGUCGUUUCUCCGCGUUUUGAGCUGGGUGGUGGUGGUGUGGGGGGGGCAGGGAGAGGGGCAGGAGGAGGGAGUCGGCUUCUGUCGUCAGGAAGUGGAGGACUCGUGUUGUGUGGAGCUGGCCCCGUUUCCACUGGCACUGCUACUGGCGCUGGUAACACCGCAGGCAACUCUGGCAGUGGCAGUGGCGGUGGUGGUGGUGGCAGCAGCGGCAACGCGGGUGUGUUGAGUGGGCGUGGAGGGGCGCAGCAGCAAGGGCGGCCUCGGGGAAUGGGGUUGGCUCGGUCUGAGAGUGAUCCGGUACGUGUUCAGGGGCAGAGGGGCAACGGAGCUGGUGCUGCAGCUGUCGUUCGGGUCACUGAUUCCCCUGCGCCACUGGCGGCAGCAGCAGCAGCCGCACCAGUGGCAGCGCCAGCAGCGCCCUCGGCAGCAGCAGCACCAGUGACAGCCGCCGCAGCACCAGCGGCAGCAGCAGGACCUGCAGUGGCAGCAGCAGUCGCAGCAGCAACACCAGCAGCUACGAUUCCACAAGCAGCAGCCAAAGGCUCUGAAUGUCCUGAAAUCUCUGAUCGGAAGGGUGAGAGUCCAGUCAUGGAUCGUGGUGAGAGGGAGGGUGGUGGGCGUGCAAAGGACGCAGGCAGUGCAGGCAGUGCAGGCAGUGCAGGCAGUGCAGGCAGUGCUGGCAGUGCUGGCAGUGAGUGCGUCACUGCGCAAGGGGAAGCGCAGAAGAGCACCAGUGUGCAUCCUACUGGAGCAGCCGGGGCGGGUGCUACUGGUGAAGCCGCUUCUGACACUAUCAGAAGCACCACCAACAACAACACCAAGCCUUUCGCCGCACCUACUCCAUCGCCUAUUGCCGAGCCCACGGCCAGUGCUGAUCCAGCUGCUUCGCGUAUGGAAGGGCAGGCAGGUGGUAGUGAUACAGGGCAAGGGGGGGCAGAAGUUGCAGCGAUUUCAGCUGCAGCUGAGGCCAGGGGAGAAGCAGGGCGUGGGAGUGCGGAGCAGGUGGAGCAGGAGGAGCAGAUUCCUGGUGUGCCUGGUGGGGCAGGGGCGAGACCUGGGAGCUCUGGAGGGGAGGCAGGUGUGGUGGAGGGAGGAGGAUUGAGAAGCAGCAGCAGCACGUGCGUACGGGGAGAUGGCGAUGGGGAUGGGGAUGGGAAUGGCGAUAGGGAUGAGAUCGUGGACAUUCCAGAUACGGAUGGGCAGCAACAGCAACAACAACAGCAGGUGCGCCCUCCCCAACCUUUGCAGCUUCUACAGCCGGGUGGGGGUGGCAGAGCGUUGUGGGGGUUACCCUCUCCUGCCGCCGCUGCCGCUGCUGCCGCCGCCGCUGCUGCAGCAGCUGCAGCAAUGGGUGCCGGGCAAGGGGCGAGUGAAGGUGGAGGAGGUGGUGGUGGUGGUGGUGGAGAGGGGCUGAUGGGAGGCGUGAGGGCGAUGGGGAUGGGAGGGAGGGCGGUUCCUGAAGGAGUGAGAGCUCUGGUGCCACCUCUCGCUCUUGAUCCUGUCAAGCUGCCCACAAUCAUCCCGGUGGAUCGCUGCUGUCGGGGCGACCCCUCAUCGCAGCCAGCCCUAGCAGCGCUGCACAGUGCGCUGCACGAGGAGAUAGAGGCGUUCUGUCUGCAGGUGAUGGGGGAGAUGCGCGCCCGCAAGCCCUACCAGCUCGCCGCCAUCACCAAAGUCUCGCGCACGCUGCAGGUGCUGUGGCCGCGUUCCCGCGUCUCCAUCUUUGGCUCAAAUGCCACGGGCCUGGCUCUGCCAUCGAGUGACGUUGACAUUCUCGUGCACCUGCCGCCCGUCCGCAACCUGGAGCCGAUAAAGGAGGCGGGCAUCUUGGAGGGGCGCAACGGCAUCAAGGAGACGUGUCUGCAGCACGCUGCGCGCCACCUGGCGGACCAGGAUUGGGUGAAGAGCGAUUCAAUCAAGACCAUUGAGAACGCCAUGGUGCCCAUCAUCAUGCUCGUUGCUCGCCUCCCUGCCCACACGUCCCGCCUCUCUGCUGACGUGGCACCCGCUGUCCUUGCUGACGUGGCCCCUGCUGCCACUGCUGAUGUGGCUCCGGCUGUCCUUGCCGACAUUAGCCCUGCUGAGGUGGCCUCUGCUGAUGUGGCGAGUGCAGACGCAGGAGGUGGAGGUGGCACAAAUCUCACAGCGGUCACGACUUUUGAGUUGGCUCAAAUGUUUGACUCAACUCAAAAACCGGGGGUGUCACCGGUCACUGCUGCUAGCAGCAGCAGCUCAAGCCGGGUCUCUGCUACUGAAGAUUCAAUACUGGGGGAGGUGGAGGGCGGAGGGAAUGGGGAGGUGGUAGGGGAGGUGACGACACAAAAAGGGCAGCAGACAGAGGAGGGAGUGGGGAACGCAGGUGGGGUUUCGGAGAAGCCAGAGGUUGUUCUUGAGAAGGUGGAGGAAGGGUUGGAGAAAGCAGGUGGAGGAGGGAAGGGGGCAGCAGGUGGGAAUGUGCAGGUGCUGUUUGAGACGUCUCAAAAGACAGCAGCAGUAGCAGCAGCAGCAGCAGCAGCAGCGGGGGAGGUGCAGGUGCAGGUGGUGAGGGGUGGGGCGAGGGGCCCGUGGGGGAAUGUGGACGACAGGCGCAACGUGCGUUUGGACAUCAGCUUCGAAGGCGGCUCACACUCGGGCCUGCGCACUGCUGAACUGGUGCGAGAGCUCACAGCACAGUUCCCAGCCAUCCCACCGCUCGCUCUGGUGCUCAAGCAGUUCCUCACAGACCGCAGCCUCGACCAUCCCUACACUGGCGGCCUCUCCUCCUACUGCCUCUUAUUGCUGAUAACGCGUUUCCUGCAGAUACAGCCGCACAUCGGCCGCCCGCCGCAGUGGCAGAACCUGGGCAGCCUGCUGCUCGACUUUCUGCACUUCUAUGGCUGUGUGUUUGACCCACGGCGCAUGGCGGCCAGCAUCAGGCUCGGAGGGGCCUUUCUCGAGCGAGACCGCUCCCAGAGCAUCGACCCAUUGCACAUUGAGGACCCCUUGGAUCCCACCAACAAUGUCGGCCGCAACUGCUUUCGCAUCCUGCAAUGCACCAAGGCCUUUGCCGAUGCAUAUGACAUGUUGGAGAGGCAGCUGCCAGACAUGACCUCCGCCAUUGCGCAUGGCAGCCCGCCAUGUGGCACGCAGCUAUUGGCCAAGAUCCUGCCUAGCAUCGCCCCGCCUGUGACCAAGUAA